GAUAAAGCAAUACACAUGCUACAGACAGAAGUAACAGCGCUUUGCCAAGAGAUCAAGUCCCUGCAAAAAAAUAGCCACAGUUCUUAUAAGAAUCACUUUCUCUCUUUCCUGACCUCUUGGCCAUGGUUAUGGUUCAUCAAGUCCAUUGCAAAACAUAUCUUUCUCAACGUUUGUAUAUUCACAUUACUAUUCAUUGUCCUUAGACGGAGAAAGUCUCCUAUAGCCUUAGCAAUCGUUCAUCAUGUAGGACCGAGACUAAAGGAUUUUAUGCAUUAUCUUUUCGACACUACAGUUUUUUGGAAGGUUACUGUCUGA